GCAGGAGGAGGAGGGUAGGGAGUGAGCAGAGUGAGGCCAGAUUAAAACCAAGAAGGAAUAAAGGGAACACCAUCAUAUUCUCCUUGUUUUAGUACGGAUUGCUACACCAUAGACACUGUGGAGAGGAAGUAGGCGAUCAGACAGGGAGGAAAAGGAAAAGCUGGAGCAGGAGAGCAGGCUUUCCAGAGGAGGAUAUGUGAUGCAGCAUGUGGGUUACCAACACUUUAGUGCUGUAUGCAUUACGGCAGUGAGAUGUGUAAAGUAACCUCCAACAUCCCAGUCUCACAGCUGAUGAUGCAGAGGACUAACAGUGAGAGGAUUUCCUGCUGAACACCAUGGACCAGACUAAAGGCCAGAAUGCUGGGAUUGUGUCAUCUGACAAAAACGGAAGCAACCAGCUGCCAUCAACUGAAGUGGCAGCCAUGUUGCAGGAAGGCCCACGGACCAUUGUUCUCCAGAAGAACUCACAAGGUUUCGGCUUCACUUUGCGCCACUUCAUUGUGUACCCACCAGAGUCGGCCCUCCAAAGCCUCAAGGAUAAAGAAAAUAAAAAUUUACCAGGAAAAGUGGAGAGUCAGCAAGCUUGUUUGGAGCCAAUGGACACCAUUUUUGUGAAAAGUGUGAAAGAAAAUGGCCCUGCUCAACAAGCUGGACUGUGUAUUGGAGACCGACUGGUGAAGAUUAAUGGGGAGAGCAUUCUGGGGAAAACCUAUUCUCAGGUUAUCACACUCAUCCAAAACAGUGAGAACCUUUUGGAGCUCAUUAUUAUGCCAAAAAAUGAGGAUGUGUUGCAGUUGGUAAGUGUGUACUCCCAGAAUGUCAACUCCAAAGGUGUUAAACCGUACUCAGGUGAGACCCAGAACCUUCCAGAACCUCUGCAUCUCUGCUCCCUGGCCUCUGGUGUGAGCUCCACCAUGCAGCAUCCCUCUUCCAACCCUCUGGACAACUGGCCACACAAUGGCAGAAGUGCCGUCUCACCACUGGAGAACCAAGCCCCUGCUACCUCUACCUCCACCUCUGGCCAACCACAAGCUCCAGAGGAUUCCAGCAGACAUUUUGCUCCACCAUGGCAACAACAGGACUGCAAUUAUGCAAGCCUGAAUGCAUUUGACUUCCAUUUUGCUAACCAUAAUGCUGCCAUCACCUCUGCAACGCUGCCUCCACCUCGAAGGAGCAGACUGCAGGCCUCUUCACGUGCUCACAGCGAUGCACUCUACCACCAGGCUCUGUCAGACUGGUACUACAGCCAAGCAGAGACAGCAGAACACAUUUCCCCCCAACAUUUAAGUGUAUCUCAGGACUAUCUAGCCGAACCGCACCUGGGUUCGGCACCCAGGCCCAGAUUUAUACCCAGCCCUACGACCUUUGCAGAACACCACAGAAGAGAAACUUUCCUUCAUCAUCAGCGAGCAGCAGGUGCUGUGCAUGACUCCUACUGGCAAGGAGACUGCGACGCUGGAUUGGGUACUGCUAGCAACUCAUGCUCAGAGAGUCUGUUGGCAGCCUAUGCUGAAUAUGAGCACAAUUAUGGGCGCUCCGUGGAAACACUGGCAGAGGCCUCGGCUCUGGUCUCACAACAUUAUGAACAGACUUCAUCAAAUUCCCACAUGACAUGUAAAAGAGAACAGAAGAAGCAGAUGGCUCCAGAAGGACAUGAACAUAAAACUACAGUGUUGGCUUCCCCCACUGUGCCACUUGGCCACAUGCAGUCAGCUCAGCAGGUGGCAGAGCCCCAAACAAGAUGGCUGGAAGAAGAGGAAGUGGUGGACUACAGAAGCUACAGCCCCUCAUUUUACCACAAAGAGGGCCAUCUCCUCCAGCAGGCCCACUCUUUCAGAGAGCCUGCUUACAGUGGCCCUCACCUCAACUGGGGGUCUGGCACCAGAAGAGAGAGUGCCUUUUCCCGUCUCCAGUCUACUCCUGCACCCCGGACUUUAGAGGAGAAGACGAAGCAGCUAAGAGAUGACAGAGAGGUCAUCUCCUCUGUUUCCCCAGUUCAAGAGGUGGUCCUGAGGCAAAGGCCCCUGUUUACCUGUCAGACACCCUUUCAGGCUAACUCCACUCCCACCGUAUCACCGGAAGCAUCUGGUUGGAUCCCUGCAGCCAGAACAAUUCCUGUCCCUCAAGAAACUGGGUCCAGCCGGAGCGUUAAUAGUAGCCUUGCCCAUGCCUUUAAUUCCCUCUCUUCCAUUCCCUUCAUAGGAAGCUUUAAAAGUCGCCGCUCCUCUUACUUGCUGGCCAUCACCACUGAGCGAUCCAAGUCCUGCGAUGAAGGACUCAACACUUACAGGGAUGAGAGCCGAGUCUUCUCUAAAUUACCAAAGAGAGUGAAGAGCUUUUUCACUGAUGGGUCUUUGGACAGUUUGCGAGCCCAGGAGGACCCCUGCUCGAAGCGCCACUCCACAUCAGAGCUGGGUAUCAUCACCUUUAGUGACGUCCGGAAGGAGGGCUGGCUACACUACAAACAGGUCCUCACAGAGAAGGGAAAGAAGCUAGGAGGCAGCAUGCGGCCUUGGAAACGUGUCUUCAGUGUGCUUCGCCAUCACUCCCUUUUCCUUUACAAAGACAAGCGUGAAGCUGUGCUGCAUGGCACCGGGGCAGGCAGCAGCCAGGAUGAACAUCCACCAGUCAGUAUUCGAGGCUGCCUGAUUGACAUUGCCUACAGUGGAACCAAACGAAAGCACACCCUGAGGCUGACCACGCAGGACUUCUGUGAGUACCUGCUGCAGGCUGAAGACCAGGACGACAUGCUGGCAUGGAUCAAGGUCAUCAGAGAGAACAGCAAAUCAGAAAAUGAGGAGAUUGGACAAGUUCUAAUCAACAAGAAGCUGAAUGACUACAGGAAACACAGCCUGACAGGCAACAAGCCGGAUUCCUCCCCCAGAGCCCAUCGCAUGGUGCCUGACUUCCUCCUGGCUAAAACAGACAAUACUUCAGGGAACCGAACCUCAAGAGCUGAUGACAACAAGGCCCUGUGGGGUAUCAACCUCAUGAAGAAAACAAAGAAACCAGGCUGUCCGAAAGCCUUUGGGGUGAGACUGGAGGACUGCCAGCCAGCUGUUAACCAUAAAUUUGUCCCUCUGAUUGUUGAAAUAUGCUGCGGUGUGGUGGAGUCCUCUGGUCUGGAGUACACUGGGAUCUACCGCGUGCCUGGAAACAAUGCCAUGGUGUCAAGUCUGCAGGAACACCUCAACAAGGGCCUGGACAUCAACACUGCUGAAGAGAGAUGGCAAGAUCUGAAUGUUAUCAGCAGCCUGCUGAAAUCAUUCUUCAGAAAACUGCCAGAGCCUCUGUUCACUGACGACAAAUAUAACAGCUUCAUUGAUGCCAACCGGAUAGAAGUUGCUGAUGACAGACUGAAGACCAUGAAAAAACUGAUCCAUGACCUCCCAGAUUAUUAUUACCAUACCCUUAAGUUCCUGGUGAGUCACUUGAAGAUGGUGGCAGACCACUCUGAAAAGAACAAGAUGGAGCCAAGAAACCUAGCUUUGGUGUUUGGUCCCACUCUGGUGAGGACGUCAGAGGACAAUAUGACUGACAUGGUCACCCACAUGCCCGACCGUUAUAAAAUAGUGGAAACACUCAUCCUUCAUCAUGACUGGUUCUUCUGCGAUGGUGAGCUGGAUCAGGACAAUAUGGUUCCUGAGGGUAAGCGGGACAUUCAACCUGUCCCUAACAUCGAUCACCUGCUGUCAAACAUUGGCAGGCCGGGCAUGCCUGGGGAUGCUUCAGAUUCCACCGCCAGUGACUCAAUUAAACUGAAGAUUUCUUCCACUUCCAAGAAAGAUUUAAAUGCCAGGGACUUCCUUCCCAAGUCCAUCAUCUCUGCUGUGACCCGCAAACGUAAAAAAUGCCUCAGCACCCAUCUAACAGUCAGCAGCGGCGAUGAGGACUCUGAGCAUGAACUGGUCAAAAACACAAGCUACGGAGAGAGAGAUGAAGGUCCCCUUGAUGGAAGGGGACCGCAAGAACUGGUCCAGGGGGAACAUACCUGCUCCAAAAAAGAAAAAAGACAUGGAGUGGAACAUGUGCAGACAUCUGAAGAGGGAAAAGGAGAAGAAGAAACAGCUGUGAGGAAGGGAGCAGACGGGGGGGGAGGUUCUUUCCUUGGUUCUCAGCAGAGCCACGGCAAAUACCCAAAACCUCCAGCAGCAACAAGCCCACCAUCACAUACCAAGAUUCCGAGCGACGUCAAAGAACGUCCCAGCGUUCCAUUCUGGAUCUCCCCCAGCUGCCCCCCAUCUUUGCAGACCUCCAGUUGCCUUACAGAGUGGAGUCAGGCAGCCAGUACAGGCAGGCCUGCUAGGACCAGGGCCACCUCCAUUAACCUGGAGCUGGGCCGGGGCCAGGAGAUUGGCAGAGGUCAGAGAUCAGAUGGGGUAAAGGUGAUCAGAGCUGGGGAAGUGCUAGCAGCUCAGUGUGGAUUUCUUCAACAGAGAUCCGUCACAGCAGGCUCAGCUCAACAUCCCUUUUCUGCCUUCUCCUCUACUUCAGGAUGGACUGAUCAGCGAUCCUCCUCUGUGGUGUUAAGGUUGGCUCCAGAUUCUCAAGCCAGGAGGAGAGCAUGGCGUCGCCACACUGUGGUCAUUUAAGCCAACUUUUAAUUCUACUAAAACAGAAAAGUUUACUCGCCAACAUCUUCUCAACUGUUUGUCUCUCAAACCGUAAUGGUGUGCCCCUUUGUACGCAUCCGUAUCUCAUGCCUCAAAAAUCCGACUUUUACUAGCUGUUAAAAUGUUGUAAAUAUAAGAACAGAAUAUCUUAAUUUAUUUAACAAGCAAAAAGCUAAAAAUGUGUGUUAAAAACAAAGUCUAUCUUAGCUACUUACUUAGGGAAGCGGAAAAACUGGCCUACUGAUCACAUGCAGUAAUAAAUUGUUCAUCAUUGCAGUGAGCAGUUUUCUACAGCCAGAGGUUGAUAGGCUUUUAAUCCAGUGCUCCAUAUGGGACCCUUAUCAUUAGGAGAGAGCAGAGGCCAAGCAGAACCACAGCCAAAUCUCCCAACUCUGACUCCCCAGGUGGUUUUCCAAGUUUUGACCUUCCAGCCCUCAGCUGUAGUUUAUUAAUAAUUAGAUGAAUCUGACCCAAACUUUUCUGCCAAGACAACUUGAUCUCUGCGCCCUUCUUGAUGUACUAUGAUUGUGCAGAAGCCUGUUUUGUAUUUGUUGCCUAAGUCUUUCCUAACCUUUGUAUAUGAAACAUAAUUUAUUAAAUUAUUUGUUUUGGACAUGAUUUGGCUUGUUGUCAUUUAGAUUGGAACUGAGAAGCAAGAGUGAAAUGAAGGCUGGAAUGUGUUUAAGAUUAGUUGCUGCACAGGUUUCAGUUUGAGCUUUGUUCUUGGGUUAUAGUGCAUGUUGGGGUCUUAAUAAAAUUAUUUGCAAUCCUGAGCAGUAUAAACCUAACCUAACCCUAACCCUGAAAGCAUUUAGAGUUCUUUAUGCUGUAUCCGAGACAUUUGUGGGAAUUUCUAAUUGAACCUAAAAGCUAACAGUUGAUUUUGGAUUCUAGUUAGGAGAUUUUGUAUUAAAUUUCAGUAUUUUCCAUGACAAUUGGGGAUAUACUUUCUCUGAGGGAUCUGAAUGUAACCAGCCUUAGCCUUAAAAAUAAUUCAUCACCGUAUAAUUGUGUUAAUUGGUUGAAGUCAACAUUAGAUGGAAUUUGAAGUUUCUCAUGUCAUGUUGUAAAACCUCCUUUCCGUUUGAUUUAAAACUGUUUUCAUACAUCCUUCAAUGUGUAAUACACACUAUAAUUAACUGUAAAUAAUUGCUAUAUAACAUCAGUUACGCUUAAUCAUAUGUCCAGUGAUAUUCCAGAUACUUGCACUAAAUGCUUAUUUGAAAAAGGAACUCUUCUCCAUUGUUUGUGGGAAUGUCUUAAAAUCCAGAAGUUUUGGAAGGAUGUUAUUGGGUGUCUAUCUGAAUUGUUUAAGGUGAAAGUCCCAUUAUAGGUUAAAAUCUGUGUUCUAUGAAUAUACCCAGUGGAAUUUAAAGAAUCACAGACUAAAACUAAACUGAUAGAUUACGGACUUCUUCAAGCCAGAAGAUCUAUUGCAAUAUGCUGGAGGAGCAUUGGAGCUCCCUCCCUGGGACUCUGGAAGAAAGAAAUUAUAAAUUCGCUCGGACUGGAAAAACUAACAUGCAUCACCAAGGGUAAACCUCUGGGAGCCAUAUAUGAGGAUCGUAGGGACUGAAGACAGAGCUUAUUAAUGGAUGUCGACUACAGUUUCCAUUGCCAUAUUGUCUUAUUUUUCUCUGUCUUAAUCUAAAGGGUUUUGCAUAUUUUUAAAACUAAACAAAUGCAGGUUUGAAUGGUGAGUGCGUGAGUGAAUGCAAGUGUCUAUAAGUACAUGUUUACAACGUUAAGUUUGUUGUUUGUAAGUUUGUUGUCUCCUAAAAGAGAAAAUUCAAUAAAAUAUAUUGGGGAAAAAACUGUAAAUAAUUGG